UUAUUUUUUUAAUUCAGAAUAAACAUUUAACUUAUUUAAUUAUUGAAACAAUUUCAAUUAAAAUCAAAUCUUCAUACGAAACUUUCGUUCACCCCCUUGCAACCCUAAAACAGAAAACUUCCAUUUGCAUCUUCUCCAUCUUCUCCCUUCAACGUCCAUGAUCAACGCAUCUUCAAAGGAAAAGUAUCAACAGUUGUAAGAAUGACGCUGUGCAAAAUAAUCUUUCACCAUGGUGGUGAGUUCGUGCGUGAUAACUUCGUAUUCUACAGAGGAGGAGAUGUACUGACUGUUCAUGGGCAAGAUUCAGAUACCUGGUCAUUCUAUGAAGCAAUGAGUUUAGUUCUCCAGCUUGGCUUUGAUGGAGGUCGAAUCAGAAUGUGCAGGAAAAUAGAAGGUAUUGAUGAAAACUUUUUUCACUUGACUGAUGAUCUUCAUGUUACAGAAAUUGCAAAGCACUGUAUCUUGCACAAUGUUGAGGGGCAUAUUUGGCUAGAACAUUUUGUUGGAGACAACACAAAGUGGGCUGAGAAACCAAAUAUAGUUGAUGUUGGUGAAGUGAGUGAAGAUGAUGACUCUCUAGGGGUAAGGUUUGGGGACAGCGAGGAAGAAAGAGUGAAUGAUGACAAUGAAGGAUUUGUGGUUGUGGAGGUUGAAAGACCAGAUGAUGGUAAUAGGGUUGAAGUGGCAGGUAAGAGUCUUAGGUACAAGUUAAGAGCUAACAAGGAUGCAUCAACUUUAAGGUCUCCCAAAAAAAUAAAGUUGCGUGUUCCUUCAAGGGUGCUUGGGGACAAACCUAGUUCAUCAAAGGUUAUAGAGCAGGAUGUUGAUUAUGAGAGUGAAGAGCUUGGUAGUUCUGAUCCAGAUGUUAGUGACAAUGAGAAGAUGCCCAAGUAUGAGAAGUUUAGAGGAGACUUACUCAACAAAGACUAUGAGUUCAAACUAGGUAUGGAGUUUAACUCUCUUGUUGAAUUUAAAGAUGCAAUAAGGGAAUGGUCUGUUUUAAAUGGUAGAGAGAUUCAGUUUGUGAAAAAUGAAAGCACUAGAGUUAGGGUAUAAUGUAGGGGUAAAUGUGGAUUUACAGCCCUUUGUAGUAAAGUUGGUGACAAACACACUUUUCAAUUAAAAACUUGGGUGGGGACCCAUACUUGUUCUAGGGUUUUAAAUAACAAGUCAGCAAAUUCUAAGUGGGUGUCUAAAGUUGUGGUAGAGAAGAGGCAUCAAAGUGGCAAGGUUAAAGUCUCAGAUCUGAUGGCAGAACUAAGGAGCAAAUAUUCAGUUGGGAUUUCUAAGGGAAGGGCAUGGAGAGCUAAACACAUGGCUGAAAAAAUAAUUGAAGGAGAUUGUUCUAAGCAAUAUUCCAUGUUAUACAAUUAUGCUGCAGAACUUAAGAAGCAAAAUGAUUGAAAUACUGUAAAGAUAUUUGUGGAGAGGCCAAUUCCCACACUACCACCAAGGUUUGGUAGUUUCUAUUUUUGCUUUGAUGGUUGCAAGAAGGGGUUCCUCCAUGGUUGCAGACCAUUUAUUGGUGUAGAUGGCUGCCAUUUAAAGACCCAGUAUGGUGGCCAGUUGCUUAUUGUUGUGGCUAGAGAUCCAAAUGAUCAAUACUUUCCUCUAGCCUUUGGUGUUGUGGAGACAGAG